CUCUUUUUCCCAUUCUUUGAAUUCUAACUUAACAAGUUUUAUUCUGAUAAUUCGAUAGUGGAAUAAGAAAAUGGAUAAGCACUUCAGUAGAACAAUCUCCCUACUUCUCAUAUGCUGGAUCAGUAGCAUUUCAGCAGUCAAGUGGCCGAGAGGGACGUACACAUUGGUCAAACCUAAAUCCGGAUGUCCACCGGGCUGGUUGGAGGGAUGGCGACACCAGGAUAAUGAGGACGACGAUAACAAAAACUCCUUAGCAGAUGGACAUCACUUCUUCGGUGACUUUGGCAGAAAUAUGAAGUUCUACUAUUGCACCAAAGACCCUAAUGACAUAAAUGACGAAGGGUUCUGGCCUGCUGGGAACUAUUGCAUUCUUAAGCAUGGAGCCACUUGUCCACCGACAGGUUUUAAAAGUGGAAGCAUACACUGGGAUGACGAGGAUUCUAGAAAUAAAAACUCUCUUGGUGGAACACUACCCAGUGGCAGCUACAACAAAAAUACCAGGAUUGAAUAUUGCUGCAGAAAAGACGGUUCCUACACCAAUGAGAUACUUCUGCCGACAGCACAACCAUUCUAUCUGUUGAGAUUUACGUCGCAGUGUCAGUUAGUCAGGGGUAUGUACGUCAGAGAAGAGAAGGUGCAUUUUGAUGACGAGGAUAAAAACAACAAAAACUCGGUAUCCGGAAGUUAUCCCUUUGGAGCCGGCGGAAGAAACCAUAACCUCUACUACUGCUACUAUUUCCCAUUAUAAAUGUAGUCAGAUUUUGCAAAUGUAAAACUUAUAUUGAAUAAAAUAGUUUUUAAGA